CAAAGAUCCAGGCAGGAAGAUCGCUGGAAACAGUGCAUACUAGAUAGAGGCUGUCUUGGAAACUGAGACUGCUUGAGAUUCAAUAUCUCAAUCUGAUUUGGGCAAUACCAAUUGAAUUGGUACUGUUGAUAUACAACAAACAUUAUUUCCAGCUGGACAAUAGACAACCAGUGAACUGCAUUGUCAAACGACGUGGAUCAAACUUGUCUUCCACCCGAGACAACCAACGUCUAAAGGAGGACAAACAAAGAAAAAGAAAGGCGUGAAGAACAAAAGAAGAAAAAAAAAAAACAUGUCAUCUACACAAACUACACAAGUCCCAAUCAAACUCUCCUUCGAGUCAAUCGACGACCUCAUCUACGAUGCCCGCUCGGGCGAUCUCGACGCACUGAAGACCGACAUCGCCAGUCUAAGCAAGCAACAUGACUGCUCGGAAUCCCUGAUUGUGGCCUCGGCCAUCGACAUGGAACCUGAAUCCGAGGGAGGCACGGGGAGUUGUCUGUUGCAUUUUCCGGCCGCGAAUGGGAAUCUUGAAAUCCUAUCCUACCUUCUCCAAAUUCUCUAUUCAAGUUCUGAAUUCUCCGCCAAAAAAAGCAUCGUCAACCACGGGAAUCAUUCCGGGAAUACUCCGCUCCACUGGGCGGCGCUGAACACGCACUUGGAAUGCGUGAAGGCGCUUGUUGCCGCGGGGGCAGAUAUAUCCAUCAAGAAUGACGCGGGCCAUGAUGCUGUUUUUCUCGCGGAGAGGACGGCUUGGACUGCUGAGGGUGAGGGUGAUGAGACACAGGAGCAGAAAGAGCAAGAUGAAAGUGAAGGAGGAGAAGAAGACAAAGGUAAGAUCUCUCCCGGUCGCGCUGUUGUGGAGUGGUUGCUUGGGUGUGAGAAGGGAGAUAGUCUGGAGACUUCUGCUAGGGACGGAUCUGAAUCUGCUUCUGCUUUUGGUAAUGCAUCCGGGGAAGCGAUGGAUGGAGUGGAGGAAACUAAAUAA